AUGGCCUGGCAUGGGAAAUUUCGGCCCGGCUUGCUCUUACUUCUGUUUUCGUUCGUUGUUAUAUCGGAGGCAACGGCAAAAGCACUUGAAAUUCGUUAUGAGACCGCAUACGCUUGCGAGGGAAAAAUCCUGAAAAUCGAAUGUAAAGAGGGCGAGCUGAUCAAACUGAUACGAGCGAACUAUGGCAGGUUUUCAAUCACAAUAUGCAACGAUCACGGCAAUACUGAUUGGAGCGUGAACUGCAUGUCACCGAAAUCUUUAAGAGUCCUUCACAGCAGGUGCACCCACAAUCAAAACUGCAGCAUCCCUGCCAGUACCAGCAUGUUCGGCGACCCAUGUGCUGGUACUCACAAGUAUCUUGAGGCGCACUAUCAGUGUUUACCAGCAACGACAACAACAACUACUAGUCGUCCAAGUCCGCCAUGGUUGAUUACAUCACAACCACCGAUGUGGACUACCAGUAAACCACCUUCUUCGAGACCUACACAUCCAUCACCACCACCAAAACCGUCUGUUAUGUCUCCACCACCAGCUUCUGGUCCAACUACAUCUAAAACAAAAUCUACAACAGUAACACGUCACUUCUCUGUAACGCAUUCAUCGAAACCACCUGUACAACCAAUUGAAAUCAUAGAUUCUGAAGUAGAUGAUAAACUUUACCACAUUCCAGAAGAAAUUACCACACUUCCAUUUACUACUGUUAUGCCAGAUGGAGAACACGAACACAAUAAAGUGACAUAUGACGUCACAUACACAUCAGUACCAAGCAUGAUCCCAUCGUGGGGAAAAGAUGGCGAUACUAUACCUUAUCAUUGUAGUCCUCAAACAGUCCGCAGUAUAUACUGGAACUGGACUAAAGUAAAUACAACAUCCAUCCAACCGUGUCCCGGUGGUACAACGGGAUUUGCCAAGUGGCACUGCCAAGCAUUGCCUAAUUCGAAAGAACCCCAGUGGUUCCCACCAAAUCCAGAUCUCAGCGAGUGCAGAUCUGUUUGGUUAACUAGUUUAGAACAAAGAAUAAUCGUUGGUAGAGACCCUUUGCUGUCUAUAACCAAUGAUUUAGCUCAAGUAACGAGCAGCAAAACGCUUUUUGGUGGAGAUAUGAUGUUCACCACGAAAAUCAUACAAAAAUUAACGGAAAAGAUGAGCAAAGAUAUUGAAACAUUCCAAGAUGUUGUCCAAAGAGAGCAAUUUGUAACUGAGUUGCUUUCUGAUGUUGCACAAACUGGCAGCAACUUAUUAGAUGCUUCCCAACAUUCGUCUUGGAAAGACUUGAGCUACAGGGAACAAAUGAAUGUGGCCACUUCAUUGCUAAUAGAAUUAGAAGACAACGCUUUUCUUCUAGCUGAGACUGUAAAUAGUAAAAAGACUGUAGACCGAAUGUUCAAAAAUAUAUUACUUUCAGUUCGAGUUUUAGAUGUAAGAUCUCUAUCACAAGAGAAAUUUCCAGAAGAUGAUGUUAUGAAAAUAUGGCAAGUGAGCAAUGAUACCAUAGAAUUGCCCAGGGGAGCUUUAUUAGAAAAUAGUGAUGGUUCCUUAGUUAGACUAGUUUUUGUAGCAUUUGACCGUUUAGAAGAAAUUUUGCAAUGGCAACCAGAAGGGAUAGAUACACCUAAUCCUAGCAAUAAUGUAUCCAAAGUUCUAAAUAGCAAAGUAAUAUCAGCUAGUUUGGGCAAAGGCAGACAUAUCCAACUUAAAGAACCUGUCAAAUUAACCAUGAAACAUCUCAAGACUGAAAACGUGAGCAAUCCAACAUGUGUAUUUUGGGAUUAUACUACAAAUGCUUGGUCAGAAGAAGGAUGCUAUGUUGAUUUCUUACUCUCAAAUUCUACGCAUACUAUAUGUUUCUGUGAGCAUCUGACAAACUUUGCUAUACUUAUGGAUGUUCAUGCUGUGUAUUUGCCCAUGUCACAUGAAAUUGCUUUGCAAGUCAUUACAUAUGUGGGUUGUAUAAUAUCUAUUAUAUGUUUAGUAUUAGCAAUUAUCACUUUUCAGUUAUUCAGAGGACUCAAGAGUGACCGAACGACAAUCCAUUGUAAUUUGUGUAUAUGCCUUUUAGUAGCAGAAGUAAUAUUUUUGUUUGGAAUUAGUCAGACUGAAAACAGAAUUAUUUGUGGUGUUAUAGCUGGAUUUUUGCAAUACUUCUUCUUAUGUGCUUUCUUUUGGAUGUUUUUCGAAGGUUUCCAACUUUAUGUAAUGCUUAUAGAAGUUUUUGAAGCUGAGAAGUCCAGGAUGCGUUGGUACUAUCUAAUUGCUUAUGGUCUUCCGUUUAUUAUAAUAUUCAUUUCCGCACUUAUCUAUCCACAAGGAUAUGGUACUUACAGGCACUGUUGGUUGCAAACAGACAAUUACUUUAUCUUCAGUUUUGUUGUUCCCGUUGCUGUUAUAAUUUCGCUGAAUGUAAUAUUUUUGAUAAUGGCGAUAAUAAUGAUGUGCAAGCACUCUAGUAAUACAGUGUCUAUGAAAAAUAAGGAACAUUCCCGCCUUGCUAGUACUAGUGGAAAGGAGGAAAAUGCACUUCAUACCAAAUUUCAAGCUAAUUUGGCCUGGUUGAAAGGAGCCUUCAUUCUGGUGUUCCUCUUAGGUUUAACGUGGACUUUUGGUUUCUUGUACCUAAAUAAAGAAUCAGUUGCCAUGGCAUACGUUUUUGCAAUUUUGAACUCUUUGCAAGGAUUCUUCAUUUUCUUAUUCCAUUGUAUACAAAACGAGAAGGUGCGGAAAGAAUAUCGAAAAGUAAUAAGAAAACACUCAUGGCUACCUCAGUGUUUGCGUUGCUCAAGUCCUGGUGGUAGCUCCGGCAGUACCAGCGGAAGUUCAGGCAUGGCGAAGGAGAGAAGAACCAGCCUGUACGGCGGCUCCAAUGGGAACCCUUCGGGCGGUACCAACUCGCAUUCCACCGACAAUUCAGUUCUGACUCCGCAUGGAACUAGUUUGCAGCGCGAUUGGAACUCCCGCAGUUGCAACAACGUGAAUCGGGUGUGCAAAACCCCUACUGCUGUGGCCACAUCUACGUCGGCCAACAUGGCUGCUACUCUGUCACGACCAAUCAGAACUACCCCCACGAACCUUAUACCUGAUCCUGGCCAGGAAUCUAACAAUACUUCCACGCUUCCUUAUAUCCGCAAUUUCUAUAAAAUGUCUAACAAUCAUAAUAUUCCUAAAUCAUUAUCCACUUGGGGUCCUCUACACAAACCUUUACACUCUAAGAACAUUUCUUUUAAGUCAUGCAGCCGAGAUUCCGGCCACGGAGGAUCUGAACAAGAGGAUUCACCAAGAUCCCACAUGGUGUUGAGCCAGGAUCCUGGACAAGGUUCACUACAUCACGCUCUCAAUACCAAAGACAUCCGCCAUCAUCAAAUACUCCAAGAACGUCCCAAAGAUUUGGCGAAUUUUGAUAUUUGCCUCGAACCGAAUAUCUAUCCUAAACACCUAAUUCUCCCACAAAAUUACCAUGGGAAUUCGAGAAAGAGACCAUCUGGAGCCAUUCACCACACUUACACGGAGAUCUACGACGGUCAGAGUCCAAGAGGAAUGAUUGAAGAUGAUCCAGUUUAUGAAGAGAUAGAUAGAAACGAGAUCCAGGUAUCAGAUAUGAGCGAUGAAGACGGAAAAAGACAGAGUGAUAUGAGCAGACAAUCAUCAAGAUCCUACGGAGACCACAGGCCUUUGAUUCCUUACAGUCCUGGGAACGAUAGGAGCUUUACGGAGGUGAUGAAACACUAUGCCAAAGAUCUGAAUUACUGUCCAAACAACAUGGCUAUCGGCAUGGACACCUACAGAAGACGCAACAUGAACAUGGCAUACCGUGCAGGGAUGCAAGGCGAUGCAUCAGUGCGCUCCUUAGCGGCUGUUUUGGAUGGAGAAACGGUUGUCUGUCACUUGGAACCUCCAGAGAUUCAGGAUCCCAAUGAUUCAUUUGUCUCACGAACUUUAGUCCUCCCCCCCUAUAGUGAGAGUUAA